AUGUUCACGUACUUUCCGAUAUGGGACGUGUCAUUCGACGUUGCCUUUGUCUUCACAAUAGGCAGUGUGAUAUGGAUAUUCAAUGCCUUCUUCGUAUAUCUGCCGUUGGUGCGACCGGGUUCUGAAUUCGCGAAUGAGGAAUUGUAUGGUGGGGGCAUAACCGCGUUUGUCGGAGUGACUGUUUUCGAAGUGGGGUCGUUCCUGCUCGUGGCAGAAGCUGUGAAUGAGGGUAGAUCGGGAUGCUUCGGAUGGGCAGUGGAGCAGGUUCUAUCGCAUGAAGAGGAAAGCGGAGAACGCGUAGCACUGCGGCCGUCAAAGUCGCAUUGCACACACCACCACAACAAACAGAUGUCCGUCGACACCCGGCAAUUUACACAAUCAAAGUCCGAUUUGGCGCCCCAAGAGCGUUUGUGGAUAUGGUGGCCGUCAAACGAAGAACUGCGAACCCACUACAUCCACAAUCUCGGGUUCAUAGCUUCCUUCUCCCAGCUGCUCGGUGCAACAAUCUUCUGGGUUGCGGGUCUGACAGCGCUACCAGGCAUUUACAAUCGCAUGUCGCAGACGCUUACCAUCAUUUUCUACUGGACUCCCCAAGUUCUUGGCGGUCUAGGUUUCGUCAUUUCCGGCGCUCUCUUCAUGAUCGAGACACAGUCCAAGUGGUGGAAACCGGCUCCCCGGACACUCGGUUGGUGGGUCGGCGCCUGGAAUCUCGUAGGAGGUGUAGGCUUCACAUUGUGUCCGGCUUUUGGGUAUGAUAGCAGGAGUUGGGCGCAAUAUCAGGCUUCUCUUAGCACCUUUUGGGGUAGUUGGGCUUUCAUGAUAGGGAGCACGCUUCAAUGGUACGAGAGCCUGGAGAAGUACCCUGUGGCAGUUGACAGCACCACAUAG